AAAAAUAUCACGGUCCCGUUCCCGGAAAUAUGGGUUGGUUUUAACCUGUGCUAAAUUCAUUAUUACAGAAAGACAAAAUGGCGACAGAUAUUGGCAGCAUUCCUUUCACCGAAAAUGGUUUUACGUUAGAUGAAGAGAUGGCGAUGGCAAUGGCAGAGCCAGAAUUAAAGAUGAUGAAGCUAUCAGCUCUAGAUUUCAAUGGCACUAUUGGAGGUCCACAAGCUGAUCAACUAGGUACUCUGUUGGAAGGUCCAGGGGCGAAGAGAGAUGUUAAACCUUUUGUUUUACCUAAGCUUUCUUCAUCUCACCAAGAGUCCAUACAAAGGGCCAAAAAGUAUGCCAUGGAACAGAGUAUUAAAAGUGUAUUAGUGAAACAAACUAUAGCCCAUCAACAUCAGCAAAUGCAGAAUUUUCAGAAUACGGUCCAGAGACAGCAAGCACUGGCACUAAUGUGUAGAAUAUAUGUAGGAAGUAUUAACUUUGAGAUUAAAGAAGACACCAUAAAGCAGGCAUUCCUACCAUUUGGUCCCAUCAAAUCAGUUAAUUUGUCCUGGGAUCCAUUAACAAACAAACACAAAGGUUUUGCCUUCAUAGAAUAUGACAUACCAGAAGCAGCACAGUUAUCUUUAGAACAGAUGAAUGGUGUGAUGAUAGGAGGAAGGAAUAUUAAGGUGGGAAGACCAAGUAAUAUGCCUCAGGCACAGCCCAUUAUUGAACAGCUAGCAGAAGAAGCCAAAAACUAUAACAGAAUUUACAUAGCAUCAAUACAUCAAGACUUAACGGAAGAUGAUAUCAAAAGUGUGUUUGAAGCAUUUGGAAACAUUUUAACUUGUGAAAUAUGUAAAGAUCCAACCAAGCCAGGAAAACACAAAGAAUAUGGUUUUAUUGAAUAUGAUUCGUCCCAGGCAGCACAAGAUGCAGUAGCUUCCAUGAAUUUGUUUGAUCUUGGUGGACAGUAUUUAAGAGUUGGCAAGGCCAUAACACCACCAGAUGCAUUACAACCUACAGCAGGACCCAGCACAUUACCAACGGCAGCUGCAGUGGCUGCUGCUGCUGUCACAGCUAAAAUUACUGCUAUGGAUGUCCAACAACAGAUAUCAGGCUUUGCACCACCAGGAAUAGCAGAACCAUCAGGACUUGGUUUGAGUGAUUCUCCAACCCAUGUACCACCUGUAGGAGUAGUUACUCCUGCCUUGGGAGCAGUGGUACCACCACCAAUAGUAUCACAAGGAAUAUCACUUGGUGGACCGGUAGUAUCAGUAGCAGCACUCUCCACAAUGCCAUCACAUAUACCACUACCACCAAUGGUUACACAAGAUAAAAAGAAAGCAGAAGAAAAAGAGAAAGAGGAUAAAAAGAAAGCAGCUGACGACGACCAGUCGCAAACAUUAGAACAACAAGAAAGCAUGAAAAUUAGUGGAACAAAUGCCCGACAUAUGGUCAUGCAGAAACUUAUGAGAAAAUCUGAUCAGUAUCAUGUGAUGGUAUUAAGGAAUAUGGUUGGUCCAGAAGAUUUAGAUGAUGAACUUGAGAGUGAGGUUACAGAAGAAUGUGGGAAGUUUGGUAACGUCAACCGUGUUAUUAUUUACCAGGAAAAGCAAGGAGAGGAAGAGGAUGCUGAAGUUAUUGUCAAAAUAUUUGUGGAGUUUACAAAACAAAUAGAAGUAGAAAGAGGAUGUUCAUCUUUAAAUGGUCGAUAUUUUGGUGGAAGAAUAGUGACAGCUGAGAAAUAUGAUCAGGACUUAUUUGAAGCCAAAGAUUUAUCAGGCUGACCAAGUACAGAUAGUUUUAAACUACUUUGCAAUAAUAGUUACAAUAUGUAAUAUGUGAUGAAUGGUGAAAUUUAUUUGACUGUAAUUCACUUGAGAGAAUGGAAAAGGUUAUAAAGAGUUGGUAUUAUCAGAGGGAACUAUGAUUUGAAAUCAGCUGUAUCACUACAAGGCCACCACCCUAUAAGUAGUAAAAUAGACAUCGCCAACAAAACAUGGAUAAAAUAUUCAAUUUUGAUAGUAUCCCUUGUCCUAUAACACAGGUGUCAACAUUCCAAAUAUCAAUGGAUGACUCCUAAUUUUUGUUUUUAAUUUGCAAUCUCCUCUGGAGAUCAGUCCUUAAACAGGAAGUCAAAUCUCCAAUUUUGGAGAGAGAGAGAAAAAAUCCUAUUUCACACUAUCACCAUUUAUUCACUGUAAUUUGUUGUUUGUCUAUUAAAGAUUGAGAAGUUAUAAUCAAAGCAUUGUUUGUUAAUAUAAUACACAGUAUUCAAAUUUAUAAAUCAUAUAUGUUUAGCUAAUUCAUUCAUUAACACAAAGUAGUGAAAAUAAUAUUAAGAUAACAAUGUGAAGUAGGUUCGAUGUAAAAUUUCCCUCAGAGGAAGAUCUCCCUCUUUGGAGGUUUGAAAUGUUGACACCUAUGAAAUUUUAACAAAUUAAAUUGAUUUUUCAGCUUAAUUUAUCUACAUUUUAAUUAUCAAAUGUAUAUAUUUCCAUCCAAAAACAUUUUUGAUGAGUUCAUGAUAAUUUUAGUUCGUCAAGAAGUUUUUGUUUUCCAGAAUUACAAAAACAUUUCUAUUUUCCUUAUAUGUUUUUGUCUUCUGUUACAUAUCUGAAUGUGAAUUAUUCUUUGACAUUAAGAGACUUGAUUCAUGUAUUAUGUAAAUGAAUUUGCAUUGUUUUUCUAGAUCUCUUUUUGAACUGGAAUACAACAGUCAUAAUAUUUUCAUUCUUAUCGACAAGAAGGAAUAAAUAGAAAGUAGAGUGUUUUUUAUCAAUGAGUAUGAUUCACCUGGCUUGGAUUUAACAACUGGGAAGAAAUUGAUUAAGUGUCCCAAAGUUGUAUGUUCUACUUAAAUUAUAUAUUGAUAUGGCUCUUAGAAAUGAUAAUUACGACUGUUUGAAUAUGCAAUUCAUUCUUAAAUCGGCAAAAGCAAAGAUUCUGGCUGUAAAGAAAAUUUUUAACAGAUUAGUAUGAGAGUGCUGAUCUUAACUCAUGAAAUCAUAUUUGAUAAAAAUUAUUGCAAAAAUUACUAUUUUUAAAAAAUAUAAAAAACACAUAACAUUUAAAUAAUAAUAUUUAAUGUACAUUUCCUUAAUCAGCAUUGAAUCCUUUUCAUCAUUCAGAUGUACUGUUAGGUAUUACAUUUCUGACAAUUUUACUUCACUGCAUUAGCAUGUAUGUAUUUUAUCAAUCGCAUAAAGAAUCAAUAGGUUGCUAUGUCCAUGUCCAAUUGUGUUAUUUCUUUCUGUUCAUUGUUAUGAAAGAAAUUUUGAAAUAAACUUGAUGUAAUAAAUUGUGUUCAUUUGUAAGCAUAUGAAUAUGGAAAUAAUGAUGGAUUAAACAAUUAUGUUUC